AUGGAGCAUAAACACAACGAAGAAUACACCAGCGUUCCACAAGAUGUAGUUGUCCAAGUGGACAAGGCGAGUGACACGACAACGAAUAGUCCACGACUACUUUCCUGCCCUCCACCAGUCCCAGAUGUCUUCCAAUGGAAGUUCCUGCUGUCCUGGCGCUUCCUAAACCCUUUCGCAUGGUUUGUGCUCUUUUGCGUCGGCGGUCCUCUAAUGGUCUAUUUACUUAACUACAACAUCGUAAACUCCGGCUAUGUCGACUAUUUCAACUAUGGCAUUAACGUCUCCGGAUCAGCUCCGGUUGCUUGUGACGUCCAGAAGACCUGGAGCUCCUGGGUCACCAUUUUCCAGAUCAAUAUUCGCACCGGCUACAUCAGCUUUACCACCGCCAAAAUCUGCGACGUAGCAUUCGAUCUGGUCGUUGGUCGUAUGGGACAAGCUAUUUUGACAUGGAUGUCUUACCGUGUCUAUGCCGAUGUCUUCAUUUACCUCGCUGAACGACAAGCGGUGCCCUAUAAAAUAUUCUUCGCCACCACAACAAGACCCACCAGUCUCUCAUCCGUCGGUUCUUACAUCAAAGCCAUCUUCUCGAAGAAAGGGAUCCAGAUUGCCCUGCUCUGGACCUUGGUAACGGUAUCCUAUUGCCUGGUCUACCCUACGUUGAUUUCAGCGUCGACAUCGCUCGUCGGUGCCACUGUGUCCGCGGUCAGCCUUCCCUCCGGCGGCACCGCAACAGUUGUAGACUAUGCCAACAGCGCCGCGUACAGGUUGACAAACUCGAACCUCACGGACAAGCCAGACCCGUGGUUUGUCUAUACCCGAGACGUCAACAAAAUACCACCAAAGGCCGACAACAUCAUGUACAUCAACGGCAAAGACUGGGGAGGCUCCGGCAGUGAUGAGAAAUUUGAAGUCAACAGAACCAUGUACAUCAUCAGCAACACCACCACAAUCGACGCCGGCUUCCACUAUGGUGGGGACUUCUUCCAGAUUGAUCCCGCCAGGAAUAAAGGCGGGGACUCUCUAUGGCACAAUCAAACCAUAUGUAUGCCCGAUUCCAACCAUUACCAGUGGGGCGCGUCGUACGAAUUGCUGGUCAUCAUUGUGAUCUGCCAGAUUCUCUGGUCCACGGCAAUGUUGGUGGUAUGGACAUAUGCAUGCGGGAACAGUGCCACGCUUUUGAGUGGAAGGAAAAUGGGCCUGUUUACAGCCAUGUUGCUGCUAUCUGAGCCGCUCAGAAAGGAGCUGGACGAUGAGAGUGACGCUGCGCGCAAGCUUCCAACGAAGGGUAAGCUACACAGCGAGAAAAAUCUCAGGGGAAUUGCGAACACUAUGGACCCCGUUAUGUACGAGAAUUCAAUCUUGAAGCGAGUCGGGAGGAAAGGCAGGCAGGAUGAUAAACGAUGA